AUCUCGGCUCGCGUACUCCUAUCCUUCGUCACUCCCUACGCCGCAGCACCUAGUGCCAAGGCCCAGAGGAGGGGACGGGAAGACGCCAUACGUGCUCUCUCGCGUCAUGAGCGUCAGCCACACUCACCGCCACUCACUCGAUGCGUCCCAAGGGCAUUGACCGGCGGCGCAUAAGUCAAGGUAGCAUGACUGACCAACAUCUUCCCAUCCCCGAUCCGCCUGCCAACUCGGCUCCCUCGUGUUCCCCUAUCUCGUAUAUCUCGCCCCCCACCCCCGUCUUACCACGAUCAGCAUGUCCGUACUCGACGAACGCGACGACGUCGUGCGCAUCACGCGCACGCUCACCGCGCGUGCACGCAGGAAGACGGUCAAAGUAUGCUACGACCAGUAUAAUCGGCAGAUCCGGUGUCCGAAGCGCAGCUUGGGCGGGGGCAAGCUCGGCGCCAUCAUCGCCUGCGCCAUCAUUGCCGCGCUCAUCAUUACACUCAUCAUCAUCUUCUUAUAUCGCCGAAAGAAGGCGAAGCAGGCGCGGGCUGCUGGCGGCGGGACGCCAGUUGACGUCGAGAAGUCCACCGCGCCGCUCGCGUACACUCACUCGGCCGAUGUUAACAACGCCCCGGCCAUGAGCUACAACUCACCCGCCUCGGACACAGGCUACCAGGUGUCCACCAACACAUAUCAGCCCAGCCCUGUGCCGAACUCAUACCAGCCGCCCGGCCAGACAGCGUACCAGUCGGGGUACGCGCCAAACACCUACGACACGCAGGCCCCGACCCAGGGUUACAACGCGGGAUACCAGAACCUAAAUUAUGGACGCUAGUUUCACGCAGAAGCGCGGACCAGAAAACAUAUCGGUCUGCUUGGCCAUCCUGUUAAUAAUCUGUCGUCCUUGGCGCUCGCGUCACCCAAGGGCGCGUUUGUAGCAGAGCGGCAAUACACGAUGUAUCUAUCAG